AUGGUCAGCCCGCAGAUGCGCCAGCUCCUGUCCCGGACGGUGAUCCUGGCGCUUAUUUUCCUUCCCCAGGCCCGGCCGGCAGGCGUCUUCGAGCUGCAGAUCCACUCAUUCGGGCCGGGACCAGGCCCCGGGGCGCCGCGGUCCCCCUGCAGCGCGCAGGGCCCGUGCCGCCUCUUCUUUCGGGUCUGCCUGAAGCCAGGGGUCUCCGAGGAGGCCGCCGAGGCUCCGUGCGCCCUGGGCGCGGCCCUGAGCGCGCGCGGACCGGUCUACACCCAGCAGCCCGGAGCCCCGGCGCCCGACCUGCCGCUGCCCGACGGCUUCAUGCGCGUGCCCUUCCGGGAAGCCUGGCCGGGCACCUUCUCUCUUAUCAUCGAAGCCUGGAGAGAGGAGUUAGAACAGAUUGGAGGGCCCGCCUGGAGCCUGCUGGCGCGCGUGGCCGGACGGCGCCGCCUGGCGGCCGGGGGCCCGUGGGCCCGGGAUGUGCAGCGCGCAGGCGCCUGGGAGCUGCGCUUCUCGUACCGCGCGCGCUGCGAGCCGCCCGCCGUCGGGGCCGCGUGCGCGCGCCUCUGCCGCCCCCGCAGCGCCCCCUCGCGGUGCGGUCCGGGACUGCGCCCCUGCGCGCCGCUCGAGGACGAGUGCGAGGCCACGCCGGCAUGUCGAGCGGGCUGCAGUCCAGACCACGGCUUCUGUGAGCAGCCCAAUGAAUGUCGAUGCCUGGAGGGCUGGACUGGGCCCCUCUGCACCAUCCCAGUCUCCAGCAGCUGCCACACUCCCAGGGGCCCGUCCUCUGCCACCACCGGAUGCCUUGUACCCAGGCCCGGGCCCUGUGACGGGAACCCGUGUGCCAACGGGGGCAGCUGUAGUGAGACCCCAGGAUCCUUCGAAUGCGCCUGUCCCCGCGGGUUCUAUGGAUUGCGGUGUGAGGUGAGCGGGGUGACGUGUGCGGAUGGACCUUGCUUCAAUGGUGGCCUGUGUGUGGGAGGCGCAGACCCUGACUCUGCCUACGUCUGCCACUGCCCGCCCGGAUUCCAAGGCUCCAACUGUGAGAAGAGAGUGGACCGGUGCAGCCUGAAGCCAUGCCGGAACGGCGGGCUCUGCCUGGACCUGGGCCGCGCCCUGCGCUGCCGCUGCCGCGCCGGCUUCGCGGGGCCGCGCUGCGAGCACGACCUGGACGACUGCGCCGGCCGCGCCUGCGCCAACGGCGGCACGUGCCUGGAGGGCGGCGGCGCGCGCCGCUGCUCCUGCGCGCUGGGCUUCGGCGGCCGCGACUGCCGCGAGCGCGCCGACCCGUGCGCCGCGCGCCCCUGCGCCCACGGCGGCCGCUGCUACGCCCACUUCUCCGGCCUCGUCUGCGCCUGCGCGCCGGGCUACAUGGGCGCGCGCUGCGAGGUCCCGGUUCACCCCGACGGCGCGGACGACGGCGCGGACGACGGCGCGGGGGCGCUGCCCGCGGCGAUGCCGGGCCUGCGGCCGGGGGACCCGCAGCGCUUCCUUCUGCCCCCGGCUUUGGGACUGCUGGUGGCCGCGGGGCUGGCCGGCGCUGCGCUCUUGCUGGUCCACGUGCGGCGCCGCGGCCCGGGCCGGGACCCUGGGCCUCGCCUGCUGCCGGGGACCCCGGAGCCGUCGGCGCACGCGCUGCCCGACGCCCUCAACAACCGCAGAGCGCAGGACGGCGCGGCCGCGGGGCCGAGCCAGCCCGAGGAUUGGAAUCGCCCUGAAGAUGGAGACUCGCGUGCCAUCUACGUCAUACCCGCCCCUUCGGCGCACGCCCCGGAGGCCUGACCUGCCCCUUCUCCAUCAGCGCCUGGAGACAGAACCUGGAUAUUUUCCUGUUUACCUGGUGGUGCCCAGUCUCUGCCUCAGACACCUUGGAGCUGGAGGGGGUGGCCGGGAGAAUUUUCCCUUGGGGCAUUGUACAUAAUGGUUAUUUAAAUCCUAUUUUUUCCUCUCUCCAUCUCUCCAGAGACAUCUAUAAAGGUUCAUAUUUUGUAUCAGCUUUGACUCUUUGGGCUGAGUGCUUUGGACUUAGUGUUGGGACGGAGCGGGGAGAUACUGUGUCCUGAGAAGACUAGGACUUCGCUGCAGGGAGCAGAAACACCUCAAAGUGGCUUAAGUAGGAGAAUUUAAUAGUUCACAAAAAUGAAAGAUCUUGUGGUAGGGGUAGCUUCAGCAGGGCUGCAUUCAGGUACCUUCAGUACCUCUUCCCCAGUUGUGUCUGGGAAUAACUUCGUU